AUGCCGGAAAGCAUCUUCUAUACCUUCACGGCAUAUGCCGCCCUGAUUGGCGUCGGCUAUGUCGUCUAUCAUAUGUCUACCCAAAAGGCUCGGGCUCAGGCCAAGGGCCAAAUCAAGCCGGCCAAAACCGUACAGCCAGAGACACGUAAAGAAGACCGCAAGAAAAAGCAACGCCAGGAGGCUUUCGCAUCAGAGGCCCAGGAGUCCUCCAAGAAGCCCAAGGCCGACCCAGAAACCAGUGCUUGGUCGAGUAGCGUCAAGGAAAAGGAUGAAAACAUUGACAACCGCGAGUUCGCCCGACAGCUCGCAAAGGCUAAAGAGGGAACCAAACUCGCCGCCAAGGCUGACACCGGCAAGCAGCGAGAGAAGUCUGUGAAGCAAUCUCGCGCCAACAAGGUGGCCGGUGCUACUGAAAAGAAGGAGUCGGCCCAGUCAUCUACCACUGGUGCCGACGCCGAUGACGAUCAGUCCCCUGUCACCACUCCUGAUGUCACACCCGCAUCCGCACCCGCACCUGCAGUCGCUGUCGCUGGCGAUGUCUCUGAUAUGCUUGAGGCCGCCCCCACCCGCCAAACCGUCCUUCGUGUGACCGACACUGAGCCCAAGAAGCAGAACAAGAAGGCCGCCAAGGUCGAGGCUCCUGUCGAGUCCAAGAAGCAGCGUCAAAACCGCAAGAAGGCUGAGGCCGCCAAGGCUGCCCGUGAAGAGAACGAGAAGGAGCGCAAAGCUCUCGAGGAGCAGCAACGCCGUGCCGCUCGUAUUGCCGAGGGACGUGCUGCCAAGGAUGGUUCUCAGUUCACUGCUGCUCAGGCCAAGUCGUCUGCCUGGAAGGAGGGAACUCCCAAGGCUGCCAAUGAUGCCCCUACCGCCCAGACCAACGGCUUCCACCAGCCUCUCGAUACUUUCGAGAAGGCUCCUUCCACCUCCGCUGCUGCCCCUAAGGCCGAUAACAAAUGGAUUGAGUCUCUUCCUUCCGAAGAGGAGCAGCUCCAGCAGCUCCAGAACGACGAUGAAUGGAGCACUGUCAAGACGAAGUCCAAGAAAACUGCCAAGAACGCCCCUUCAGCUGGCUCUGGUGAUGAGGUUGCGGCCCGCCCUGCUGCCCAACCUAAGCAGCCUACCGGACCCAACAAGGCUGUCCAGCCUUCUCAAUCCUAUGGAUCUUACACAGCACUGACCACUAAGGACGACGGUGCUGAUGAGGAAGAGGAAGAGGAAGAGUGGGAUGUCUAA